ACCCGCAUUGUUAUUCGUGAACGCUACUUUCAACGGACCUUGUCGCCGAUUCCAAGUGGAUGGAGCCUGAGGCCUGUAGGAAAUAUUUUACCAGCCAUCAAGCUGACAUGGUAUCAAAGGUCAAGGGCACCUUUCCAGCACAGGGAGCAACUCUUCCAGCAGGACGGUGGAAUGCCAGGCAAGUCUCUCGCGCUCGGGGUUACAGCCUUCUGAAGGGGGAAAAGCCAGGAGCAGCUCAUGGAUAAAGAAAUAAAAAGCAAACCUGAGGCCUCCACAGAGCAGAUACCAGAAGAAAAAAAUGAAGAUGAAAUGGCAGAUCGCAGGUCGACUACCAGUAGCCCUGGAGGUGCUGGAGUCCUUGCCAAGCGGGUCCAGAGGCAGCUGAGUCGGGCCCAGGAGAAGGUCUUGCAGAAGUUGGGCAAGACAGAAGAGACCAAAGAUGAAGAGUUUGAGCAGUACUGUCAGGACCUCAGCCAACAACAGGCUGAUGGGAACAAGUUUCUCAAAGACCUAAAGGCAUACUGCACUUCUGUGAAAGCUAUGCGUGAAACUUCCAGGCGGUUGUCAAACACGCUGAUGUCCAUCUACAACUCGGAUUUGCAAGGAGAUGAAGACUUGAAAGUUAUUGUGGCGAAAGAAGAACCUCUGUGGACAAGCUAUGAGGAGGGGCUGGCAGACCAAUGUGUCCGCAUCAUGGAAAAUUAUAUGAGUCAGUUCCCUGAAGUCAAGGAGAAAGUAGCUAAAAGAGGCCGCAAGCUGGUGGAUUAUGAUUCCACCCGGCACCACCUGGAAAUGCUGCAAAACGCCAAAAAGAAAGAUGAGGUCAAAAUAUCCAAGGCUAAGGAGGAGUUAAACAUCACUGAGAGGAUCUUUGAAGAUAUCAACACAGAAUUGAAGGAGGCGCUCCCGGCUAUCUACCAGAGUCGUAUCGGAUGCUAUGUGGCAGUUGUCCAGAGUAUCUCUAGUCUGAGGGACAUUUUCUACCAUGAGAUGUGCACACUCAACCAUGAGGUUUACAGUGUGAUGAAAAAUCUUGAAGCUCAACAUUCAGUGGAGGUGGUUGCCAUUAGGGCACUGCAGUGUUCUGGUUCUAAGAAGAGACGAUCUCGCAUACUUUUGUCUCCGGUGAAAACUACCUUUCCUUCUUUGACUCGGAAGUUCAGCUUCCGUCAGUCUGACAAAGGUAAAGAGUCUGACUCUGCCCACUACAAGGGGCACCAAGAUAUGGCUGGCAAAAAGGCCAGCGGUACAUUAGAGCAGCAAUCCCGCAGUCCAUCAAAGGCCUCCAGGGCUUUAUCCACAGAGGUAGGCUCCUCGGAAUACAAUGAUUCUGAGUUGAAUUUCAGGGGCAGCAAUGAGUCUGUACCAGAGAGAAAAUCUGAAGCUGAAGCUGAAACUGAAAGAAAUGAAAGUAAACCUAGACAGUCCAGUGAGAAGCCUGGGCUGAAGGACAGAAAAGAGGAUGAAGAAAAGGUGGAAGAGGAAAAGGACACGGAUUUCUCUGGAGCUGGGCUGAAUCAGAGCGACACUUUUAGUGAGUCCAUGAGAAGCAAUCAAAAUGUUGAGCCUUCUACAUGCCUUGGAACCCAUGGGGACUUUCAACAGAGAGGGGAGAAUGGCGAAGCCUCAGAGGAUUUGGGAUCUGAUGUGGAUGACACUGAGGACACUUCAGGCGAAGCUAGCAAUAAAAUUGCUUCAGGGCUUCUUAGUAAGCCAAAAACCCUGACGGCAGAGAAUGACAGCACAUAAAUCAACAGGAUUACAAAGGGAUCUCCUCAAGAAACAGAUCAGGAGAGUUCACGCAGCAUUUCAUGAUUUCUUUCUUGCCAAAACUCAACCUAUGGAAAAGAAUGCCUCGUCUUGUCCAGAAACGAUGGCUGAAUAGAAUAUGACUACAAAAGCAGACAAGUUGCACACCUACUGCCUCCAUUAUUGGAGGGCAGUUUACUUCUCUCUCUAGAAUACCAUUAAUUUCUCCACCUUUGCAUCCGGACUGAUUACGUAUGUAGGUCCAUGACGUGAGGUAUGACAAAUUCCUGUAUGAUCUCCCUUUAAAGAAUGAAGGUACGAUGAAAAGGAACUGUUGGCUCAUCUGCUGAAAUGUGACCAACUCGUUUGCUUGCAAUUCAAUCUAAGUUUUGAUCUGCACCCUAAUCACUCAGAAAUGGAUUUUAAAAUUGAUCAAAUGCUAAUUCCUGUCACUAAGAAGAAAAAAAAAAAAAAAAAAAAAAACAUUUUUACUUUCUAGAUAGCAGGACAGUAUAUCAUAGUUAUAAAGGAUGGCAGUGUAAUUGCAGAGAGAGUGAAAACUGGUAGAAUUUGGAGGCUUCACUUGGAACCUGAGCUGUAUUCAACUAAAUUAAUUUUUUUUUUGGCCUAUAUGUAAAACUGAUGCUGUUUAGCUAUGUAUCUCUCAUGAAAAUUCACAUUGUGAAAUAUGCUAUUGGGGCUUAUAGAAAAAAAAAAUCAGAUUAAAUGCAGGAAGCAAAUGAAUGUGAAAAAUAGUAAUGAAUGUAUGUGAAUAA